UUCCCCAGCCGGGUUCCUGCGCAGGCGCGAUCCUUGCCUUCUUGCUUGGCCAUGGCUGCCCGGGUUCUCUGCCUUUGCCUGCCGCUGCUUUGCCUGCUCUUGAGUGGAGGCUCCGCGCUGCACACCAAGGGCGCCUUGCCUUUGGACACCAUCACCUUUGCCAAGGUGAUCCCGAAGCACAAAUUUGUCCUGGUGAAGUUUGACACCCAGUAUCCUUACGGGGAGAAGCAGGAUGAGUUCAAAAAGGUGGCUGAAAGCUCCGAGUCCAGCGCCGAUUUGCUGGUUGCAGAAGUGGGGAUCUCAGAUUAUGGUGACAAGCUGAACAUGGAGCUGGGGGAAAAGUACAAGCUGGAUAAGGACAAGUACCCGGUCUUCUACCUGUUCCAAGGUGGUGACCUGGAGCACCCCUUGCCCUACAGCGGUCCGGUCACGGCGAGUGCACUCCAGCGCUGGCUAAAGAGCCGAGGCAUCUACAUGGGCAUGCCAGGGUGCCUCAAGAAGUUUGACGCCAUCGCUGACAAGUUUGUGAGCGCCAACCAAGACGUCAGGGAGCGCCAGGCCCUUCUGGAGGAGGGCCGGCGGCAGCUGGAGCAGACCACAGAGUCGGAGCGCAAGUCAGCUGAGCAGUACCUCAAGAUCAUGGCCAAGAUGCUGGCCCAAGGCGACCAGUUCCCCAGCGGUGAAGCUUCCCGCCUCAGCAAGCUCCUCGAGGAGAACAAGAUGAGUGAAGGGAAGAAGGAGGAGCUCCAGAAACGGCUGAACAUCCUGGCUUCGUUCCAGAAGAAGCUGGCUGAUGAGAAGGACGAGCUUUGAUCUCCAGAGCAAGUUGGAGUUCCUUUGAGCGAGCAAAAAAAAACAAACAAAAAAACCAUUUGACAGAACUAUGUCCCUUGAGUGUGGGUUGCUUUCCUUUGGGUUGGCGGAUGCAAGACUCUGGCGUCGUGAACAACUUUUCCUCCCCAUAAGUUUGUAUUGGAUGUAGCUUUGAGAUGAUAGCCCUGUUCCGAAGUGGUGAGGUGUUCCAAAAAAAUGCCUUCUCAACACUGGACUGCUGGUGGUGUUGGUUGAGUCCCUGAAGUGCGGCCAUGCCCUGGAACCUGUCAGAUGCGCACCCAUGCCCUCCGUUUCUUUUUUAAAGGGGAAGACUGACAGCUGGGACUCCAGGCAUUGAUAACGAGCCAUGUGAGUCUCAAAAAGGCCAUCUCCCCAAGGUCCCACAGAGCAAGAUGGCUGCCUCCUGUCCGUGUUGAGGCCCCGGCGGAGGUGCCGUGAGUCCCUGGAACUGGAGCAAAGAUCCAGUCAAAUCACUGGAGAUUAUCAGUGUCAGCAGAAUGGGUUGUGGGGGAACAUUGUGGCCUUGUGGCACUUGGUUAAUAAAGAUUUCUGAAAGAGAA